GGGCGCGCCCUGAUGACGUGAGCAGCGCGCGCCGGGCUGCAGUCAGAGCAGACAUGGCGGCGGCCGCGCAGCGCGAGCGGCUGCUGUCGUGGCUCGUGGCGCUGGCGCUGUGCGCGGCUCCGGCCCGCGCGCUCAUCGACGGCCUUUACUGCGGCGCGGACGUCUGCUACGACGUGCUGGGCGUCACGCGCCACGCCACCAAGGCGGAGAUCGCCCGCGCGUACCGGCAGCUGGCCCGCCGCUUCCACCCGGACCGCUUCCGGCCCGGAGCCGCGGAGCCGCCCGGGGAGACGCGGCGCUCCGCGGAGGAGAAGUUCCUGCUGGUGGCCACGGCCUACGAGACGCUGAAGGAUGAGGACUCCCGCAGGGACUACGACUACAUGUUGGACCACCCAGAGGAGUAUUACCGCCACUACUACGCCUACUACCGCCGCCGCCUGGCGCCCAAAGUCGACGUCAGGCUGGUCAUCCUCGUCACCAUCUGCGCCAUCUCCGCCUUCCAGUACUACAGCUGGCACAGCAGCUACAACGAGGCCAUCAGCUACCUGGUGACGGUGCCCAGGUACAGGAUCCAGGCCACGGAGAUCGCCCGGCAGCAGGGCCUGCUGAGCCGCGGCCGCGAGAAGGGCAAGAACCGCCGCAGCAAGGAGGAAAUCCGCGAGCAGGAGGAGGAGGUGAUCCGCGACAUCAUCAAAAACAAGAUCGACAUCAAGGGCGGCUACCAGAAGCCCAACGUGUCGGACCUCCUGCUGUGCCAGGUGCUGCUGCUGCCCUACCACCUGAGCAGCUACCUGGCCUGGAACCUCUCCUGGAUCUACCGCUUCACCGUCUGCCGCCAGGAGUACGGCGACCCCGAGAAGCUCUACAUCAUCAGGAGGUACAUGAAGAUGUCUCAGUCUCAGUUCGACAGUCUGGACGAGAAGCUUCGAGAGUCUUUCCUGGAGAAGCGGCUCUGGAUCAGAGAAAACUACGAGGUUUACAAACAGGAGCAGGAAGAGGAGAUGAAGGUGAAGAUGGCGACCGACCCGAGGAUGAAGAGGUAUCGCCGCUGGAUGAAGAACGAGGGGCCGGGUCGGCUGACCUUCAUCGACGACUGACGGCCACACACACACACACACACACACACACACACACACACACACACACACACACACACACCCACACACACACACACUUACUCUCUCUGUACAUAGCUGUGUGCCAGUGGUCUCUGCAGACACAUUUGUGUGUGUGUGUGUGUGUGUGUGUGUGUGUGUGUGUGUGUGUGAGUGUGAGUGUGAGUGUGUGUGUGAGUGAUGUCAGACUGUUUAUAGAGCAGAGAUAUUUUCCUAGAGAUUGAAAGUCGGACGUCAAUGAGAAGAAGAGUUUUAAUUUUUUAAGGUCUUUAAUUUUUUUCCAAGACAUUUCUAAUGAAGAUGCUGUUUUGUUUUUUCUUUUUUCUUUUUUGUCACACCAUUUCCCCCUCUCUCCUCCUCUGUGUGUGUGGAGGGGUGUGUGGGGGGGGUGUCCAGGUAAAACUGGACAUCCUGGAAAAUAAUGGACUUGUUUUCCAGUCAGGGAAAAUACUUGGAAAUUUCAAAGAGUUAAAACUUGUCCUGGAAAAUAAUAAAAUAAUAAAGUUCGUCUGAGUCUCUGAA